AUGAGCACCUCAAGCCCGUUAACAGCCCUUUCCGACUCGGAGCAGUCGACACUCUCGUCGCCGCUCUCAAACCUCUCAAAAACGCCAUCCCUGCCAUCCUCGCCCGAUAUGCCUGUCGACCCGGCCAAGCGUUAUCCCUCACCGACGUCCACCACCGUCUCAGGCAUUCAGUCUCCCGUCAAGCUAGGCGAGCCCAUCUUCGACCACGAGACCGUCAGCAAAGCUUUCGAUGACUCGGCCGACGGUCCUCCGCCCGCCAAGAAGCGUCGAAUUUCGCCCCCGAAAGAGCGCACCACCGAGUACCUGGACCUGAUGAAGCCCGACGAGGAGUUUACGCCUGAGGACAAUCGCCAAAUGGAGAGGCUAUUGACGGCGCUGCGCAAAAAGAAGAAGAUUGUCGUCAUUGCUGGCGCUGGUAUUUCUGUUUCUGCUGGGAUUCCCGACUUCCGUUCCGCCACGGGAUUGUUCGCUACCGCCAAAAGCCAGCAUAAACUCGCGGGAUCCGGCAAGCACCUUUUCGAUGCGUCAGUCUAUAAGCACGAUGCGACCACGCGGUCUUUUCAUAACAUGGUCCGGGAAAUGGCCCAGAUGACGCAGAGCGCAAAGCCCACCCCCUUUCACCACCUACUAGCGUCAUUGGCUCAGGAAGGCCGUCUACUGCGCCUUUAUUCGCAAAACAUUGACUGUAUCGACACGUCGAUGAAACCUCUGGCUACAAAUAUUCCUCUUAACCCCAAAGGUCCAUGGCCGGCUACGAUUCAGCUGCACGGCAGCCUCGAAAAGAUGGUCUGUACCAAGUGUGGCCAACUUCAACCCUUCGAUGGCAGUGUUUUUGAUGGUGCAGAGGCCCCACUUUGCGGCGCUUGUGUGGUUGAUGAUGAGGUUCGAACUGCCCAUGCUGGAAAGCGAAGUCACGGUAUCGGAAGGCUACGACCGCGAUUUGUGCUCUACAACGAGUUUAAUCCGGAUGAAGAGGCCAUCGGAAACGUGUCUCGCGCCGACCUCAAGGCACGACCUGACGCCGUCUUGGUCGUUGGUACAACAUUGAAGAUUCCCGGAACCCGCAGACUUGUCAAGGAAUUGUGCCAGGUCGCUCGAGGUCGUCGAGAUGGCAUCACUGCUUGGAUUAACCUGGACAGCGAACCGAAGGGCGUUGAUUUGAAGAAUUGCUGGGACAUCGUGGUACGGUCUAAGUGCGACAACGUUGCUCGGCUCGCUGCAUUGCCCCCUUGGGAUUGUCCUGUUGGAGAUGACUAUGAGGUCUCUCAGGAAGAGCAUCGCGAGAGCCAGGAGCGCCGCAGCAAGACGACAUUCGCAGUCAACAUUCCUGUGAAUCCCGAUACCGAGACAGAGCUUUCAGGAAAGCCGAAGCAGUUUGAGCAGGUGCAAGGAAUUCCGACACCCAACGCGAGCCCCAAGAUCUCGGCGGCUAAGAAGCCUGCAAAGACCAAGCAGAGCAAAAUUUCAUUCACGGGCAAAGCAUCAACAAACGACAAGCCAAACAAGGUCACCAAGCCUCGCGCCGAUCCACCCAAGAAAUCAGCCAUGCAGAGCUUCAAGGCGGUCAAAAAUGUCGCAGCUCAGGAAAAGACGACGAAAACUGGACCGAACGGACCGUCGAAACGGAAUGUCCCGGCCAAGGCAGUCUCUGGCCCUCCUUCUUCGCCCACCAUGGCGCCGUCGAGACGGGCGCCCGAUACCAUUUCUCCCAAGUCAGUUCCUGCGAGUCUGCGCAGACUUAUUGAUUAA